AUGGAAGAUUUAAAAGCGAUCGACGAAGAUAUAGAAAAAUUAAGAAAACAAAUCGAAGAAAGAGACAAGAUAAUAAGCGCUCUUAGAGAAGCAGCAGAAGAAAAAGAUAAAAAAUUAGAAGAUUUAAUUAUGGAAUAUACGAAAAUGAAAAACAACGAUUAUGGUAAUAAAUUGGAUUUGGAAUCGACAACCGACUCAACGAAUCAUCGUGGUAAUUUGUCGUCUCCAUCAUCUCCGCCUUUAUGCAACGGAGAAUUAUGUUGGACAGACAACUUUGUCAAUGCAAAUUACCACGAACCCGUAUAUGCUCAAUUAUUAAACGAUCACAGAGCAUUACAGAAAACUUAUAACGAACUCCGAUCGAAAUUAGAAUCGAAAGGUAAAGAAUUGGAAAGGUUAGAAGAGGAAACUAGAAAUGCGACAUCACAAAACGACAAUAAAAAUCUACAAGAAAAUCACGAGAAUGCAAUCAAUUUAAUAAUGGCGGAACAAAUAAGAAUAUUAAAAGAAAGAGAAGGACAAUUAAUAGCCGAAGCAGAAGAACUUAGAGAACAAAGAGAUUUAAUGGAAUUUAGAAUAUUAGAAUUGGAAGAAUGUAGAAAAGAGUUUUUAGAUAAAGAAGUCAUAAGGGAAGAAAAACAUUCGAAUGAAAAAAUGGUAUGGCCGUUGGAAAGAGAUUUAGAGGAUAUAAGCGAUUCAGGUGUCAUGUCGUUGCCAACAAGCGAAGAUUUAACCUCAGACUCCGAAUUGGGAGACGCGAUUCGAAAUUAUUCACCAUUAGGAGCCGUUACGAAUCUUGGAUUAUUGUCACCGGAAGCGACAAAUUCGGAUUCAUAUUUACCCGAUGUUAAAUAUAAAAAAUCAUUAAAAUCCGUUGAAUGCCUACAGGAAAGUGGAAUUUUUGAAGAUUCCGAUCCGAUUUCACCAACGGAUGGUAGUGGUGGUGGUGGUGGUGGUAUUGGCGGUGGCGGUGGUGGAGGUGAUGCCAUAAUAUUAACGAAACAAACAAAAGGUUGUCAAACGGAAUCAGUACUCGAUAAAACACUAUUGGAAUUUAUCGAUUCUUCGUGCGAGUUAUUAAAUUCUAAUAAAAACAACAACAGCAACAAACAUUGUCAGCAGCAACAGCAACAAAAAUGUUCGGAUGACUUGAGCACGGAAAUAUCAAAACUUUCGGUCAUUCGAAAACGUAUACAGCAAAAAACAAAAUCGCCAAAUUCUCCGAAAGAGAUUUCGAUACCGUUUACUUGUCCACAUACGAACAGUGUUCUUUAUUACGAGGAAAGACUCGCUCAAUUAGAGGAUAAGUUAAAAAUAUACGAAAGCACGGGAGACGCCAAAGAUAUACUGCUCUCGAAAAGACUACAAAAAGAAGUUGAUUUAGCGUAUAGGGUUAAAGAACUGACUGAAAAAGUUGCCACAUUAGAAAUAAGGAAUAAAAAAUUAGAAGAAGAAAAGUGCGAAUUCGAAGAAGCUGAAAAUGACGUAAGGUAUCAGCUUCAAAGGUUAGAAAUAAGACUACAAGAAUUAAUAGAUAAAAAUACAGAAUUAGAAUUAGAAAUAGAAAGGAAAAAUAUAAAAAUGUACGGUGGUGGUGGUGGGGGUGGUAAUGGCAAUGGCGGCGGUAAAAAUAAAACGAAACAAAGUUUAGAAAAUUUAAUAAGUAAAUACGAACAACGUAAUUUCGAAUUAGAAGAAAGAGAAAUCGAAGCCAAACAAAGACUGAGCAUGAUAGAAGCUGCAAUGCCGGCAAUAGUAGCCUGGAACGUCUAUCAUUUAAUGAACAAUGGUAAAUUAAUAGAAAUAAAAGCCGAUGAUAAAAUGUCGAAAAAUUCAAUAGGAUAUAAAAAAAAUGGGGAUAAAAAUACAACGGGAGGAGCAGGAGCGGCAGGGAUAGGAAUAGAGGAAGAAGAAGAUGCCGUUGUUAAAAAACUCGAACAAUUAUUAAACGAUCAAAAAAAAUUACGUGAAAAUUAUGAAAAAGUUGAAACUUUUGCCGCGGAUAGAGAAAAAAUUCUACUCAAUAAAAUAGACGAAUUGGAAUUGAAAGCGGCGAAAGAUAGGGAAACUCUGGAAGACAUGACGAACACGUUGAAAGCACUCAAAGACGUUGAAAAAACGGAUUCGACCACGUUGUCGUCGUCGUCGUCGUCGUCGCCGUCAUAUCGAUCGAACAAUCAAAUAAUUAAUCCGGAAGAAAUGGAUUUGUUUAAAGAACUCAAAGGAAUGAUAGCAAACGAAAUACAAUUGCGUGCCGAAUUGGAAAGAUAUGAAAAAAAAGAACAGGCUUACAUGGAAAGUUUGGAAAAAGCAGAUGAAAUAUGGGCGAACAUGGAAGCGGAUUACAAGAAAAGAUUAUCCGAUGCGGAUAUGGUUAACGAAAAUUUACAAAAACGCGUCAAACAAUUGGAAGAAACUCAAAAGGAAUUGGAAAAAGCACUUCACGAAUCGCGAACGUUGAAAAAUGAUGAAGAAAAAGAAGAAGAAACAAACGAGAAAAAAACUAAACAAUCCGAAGAAGAGGAAAUGAUAAACAACAACAACAACAACAAACAUUUGUACGAAAAUGAUAAUUUAAAAUUUUUAGAAUUUCAAAAAAAUCUCGAUAAAAAAUUCGAAGAACAAAAAAAAUUUUUAGAAAUGGAAAAUAUUUCAUUAAAAGAAGAAUUAAAAAUACUCAAAUCCGAUUUCAUGAGAGAAGAUUUAAAAUACGUGACGUUGCAAAAAGAAUUGGAAGCUGCGAAAAAGGAAGCCAUUUUGGAAAAGGAAUUGGCGGAAAAUAUGGCGAAAACAAUGCAAGAAAGAAAAGAUAAUUUCACUGCGAUUGAAAAAAAUUUACAAAAUCAGAUAUCCGAUUUGACAAAUAAACUCACCGUUAAGGGAAAAGAACUUUCAAAUCUUGAAGUGACCGUUUCCGAAUUAAAAGAAGAAGUUGAAACUUUAGAGGGUAAAGUUGCCGAGCUUCUUCUGCUCACCCAAUCAACGACAACAUCUAAUCUAGACGAAGUUGUACCGAACGUAUCGUUGUCGUUUUUAAAUGAAACAACAAAAAGGUAUGAUAAAUUAUUAGAAGAUGGACAACCGAUGAUGAUGAGGAAGAAUGAAAUGGUGGUCGAACCUUUGACCGAGAAAUUUCUAGUAAAAUUAGAAAAAAAUUUUCCCAAAGUUGAAAUACUCCUACCGAACAAUCCAUAUUUAAAACCCGUUGUUUUUCCAGCAAGUUAUUUACUUAGACAAGAUUUAAAAUAUUUACGUCCCACUCCGUCGUCCGUUAAAAAAUUAUUCGUGAAAAAUUCAAAAUUUCCAUCCCGAAUAAUUUCCCUAUGGAGAAAUCACGUUGAUGAUAAUAAUAAUAAUAGAAAUAACAAUAAUAAAUAUGCGAACGAAGAUUCCGAUGGUGAUAAAGAGUUGGCAGAACUGCAAAAAAUCGCUCUCGAAAUACAAAAAGAACAAAUGUCAUUAGAAAUUCUCUACGAUAAAAAAAACAAUGAUUAUAAUAAUAAUAAUAUUAAUAACAAGAAAAAUAAUAAUAAUAAUAAUAAUAAUAAUAGUAAGGUUAAAGAAAUGAACGUGGAAAUAGAAAACGGAAACGUCGAAAACGUCGAGAAAACGGUCAAAUCGAUUAUGAACAAUAACAACAACAACAACAACCACCCGUCGGUUACAAAAAAAAAAAAUAAUAACGGUAAUUCGUCAUCGGUUUUGUCAUCGUCAUCGACGUCAUUGGUUUCGUUAACUACGUCAUCAUUUUCGAACAAGAACAUUGUCGAAGUUUUCAAUCCGAUGGCGGGGAAAACGAUGAAAACUCAAAAUUUUAAACCAACCGAGGAUUUCGUAUCGAAUUUACAGAUUGCUUUAGACAAUUUGAAAAAUAAAUAUCGAGCCAAAACGGUCAUGUUGAAACCAUUGUUGAAUUAUUUAAAAGAAGGAGGAGACAAUUUUAAAAGGGAAGACAUUUUUGACGUUGUCUCUUUUCAAAUUGAAGGAAUCAAAUAUGAUGACAGCAACAACUCAUCUUCGUUUGUACCCGUGGUUAAAACAUUAAGAAAAGUCGAUCGGGAUGGAAUUUUUAUUGAAUGGGACAUAACGGACCAACCGAAUAACGUGACGGGAUACGAGAUAUUCGUAAACGGGAAUUUUAAUCAUUUGGUAAGGAGUUCGACGAGGAACAAAGCUCUUUUACAUUCUUUAAAUUUAAAUGAGAAAAAUAUAAUACAAAUAUUUCCAAUAAUGGAUCAUCAAAGAUCAAAUAAAUGUUCACAAAUUAUUUAUGCUGGAGAUCGCACGAUUGUCGAUUCUUAG